AUGACAUCAAUAGAAGCGCCCAUUCUCAUCCUAGGCGGCACAGGCACCGUCGGCUCCCGCAUAGCCUCCCAGCUCGCCUCCCAAGGAAUUCCCACCCUCAUCGCCUCCCGCAACCCCCCUCCGUCAUCUUCCCUUUCUCACGUCAACUUCGACUGGGACGACCCCUACACCUGGGAGCCCAUCUUCCUCAGCAAGACAAACAGCACCGAAGGCACCACCACCGAACCUGAACAAGCCCAACAGUCCUCCAAACCCCAACCCGCCCCCCAGCCAAUCAAAUCAAUCUACCUCGUCGCCCCCCCAUCCCUCUCAGGCGACCGCCCCAUGAUUGAGUUCAUCGAAUUUGCCCGUUCCCGAGGUGUGCACAGGUUCAUCCUCCAGUCUGCGUCCAGCAUCGAAGCCGGUGGGCCCUUGAUGGGCAAGGUCCACGCUUAUCUCCGGGAGUUGGGGCAAAGAGGGGAUGUGGAGUGGGGGGUGUUGAGGCCGACCUGGUUUCAGCAGAAUAUUGCUGAGCAGCCUAGUCACAAGGAGUCGAUCAGGAGUGAGAGCAAGAUUUACAGCGCGACCGAGGAUGGAAAGAUUCCGUGGGUGAGUGCGGAUGAUAUUGCGAGCGUGGCGGUGAGGGCGUUGACGGGGGAGGAGGCGCCGAAUACGGAGUGGAUGGUGUUGGGGCCGGAGCUGUUGAGUUAUGAUGAGGUAUGUGAUAUGCAACUGAACAAAUGCGAGGGGGAAGGGGGUUUGCUAAUAGGUGGAAACCAGAUUGCGAAAAUACUUACCGAGGUGCUGGGGAGGAAGAUUGUCCAUGUUGACCUAUCGUCUGCUGAGCUUGAGAAGAGACACGCACGGUUUGGGAUGCCGGAGGAGUACGCGAGGAUGAUGAGUGCGAUGGACACGGCAAUCAAGUUUGGGGCCGAGAAUAGGACGAAUGAUGUGAUUUUUAGUGUGACGGGGACGGCGCCGAAGAAGUUUAGGGAUUAUGCUAUGAGUGUGAAGGAUGUGUGGGAGACGAGGAUGGAAGGUAUGGGUCUUGAGGGGAAGGCGUGA